AUCGCCGGGCUCACGUGAUAAUGGACGAAACAAAACAGGAACAAAAUGGCUGCAACUGGAGAUGAAGCCGCAGCUAUGGACAGUAUUUCCAGGGAACCAGCAGCCGUCUCAGCGGGGUUAAUCGCAGCUGCUAGCGGCACGGCUGCGGCUGAACGCCCAGACGAUCCACCGGAAACCCCGUCGAGUGCGCCAAAGAAACCUGGAGCAAACAGCGAUGGAGGUGUGGAGACCGCGGAGGAGGCUGUGGAGCCCGCAGAGCCAGAUAUCAACGAGCUGUGCUCUGACAUGUUUGAGAAGAUGGCCAUUUUCCUGCAAGGGGAGCUAACAGCAACGUGUGAAGAUUACCUGCUGUUGGAGAACAUGAACAAGCUCACAAGCCUGAAAUACAUGGAAAUGAAGGACAUUAGUAUCAACAUAAGCCGGAAUCUGCAGGAUCUCAACAACAAGUAUGCGAGCCUACAGCCUUACCUGGAUCAAAUCAAUAAGAUCGAGGAGCAAGUGUCAUCCCUCGAACAGGCUGCAUACAAAUUGGAUGCAUACUCCAAGAAGCUGGAAGCCAGAUUCAAGAAACUGGAGAAGCGAUGAGGGACAGAAGACGAGGCAGACUGAGGGUUUCGGUGCCUUCUCGCCUUCUUCACCCAUCCCUGCCCUCCACUCUACUUACCAGUAGACUCAAGAGCUACAGGGGAGAAUGUGAACUGUGGCUGAAGCAAAAAUAAGAAACACUCCAGCGAAAGCAGGCAUCUUUAUACACUAAUACCACAGUGUUGGCUGUAAAUUUGACUCCAGUAUCACUGGUUUCUGUUCAUGCAACCAAGAUGUGCCACAUGUUUGUCCAACGGUUAGCCUCUCCUAAGUAAUAUCAGGAAGAUGUUCUUAUCAAAAAGUGAAGUAAAUGACACAUAUGUAGUUAAUUUGCUUCUUAAAACAUAUUUAAAGCUUAAUCAUGUCAGAAACCUUUUUUUUUUUCAGGCAUUUCUUUUAUAAAAUGUUGGGCAAUAAUCUGAGUUUACUCUGCAUUAAUUAUUUUGUCAGGCAGUGUUCAUGAGACACCAAACUGCUUAAACCUGAGGCUUGGUUUUAAUGUUGAGUUUAAAGACAAACUCUACAGUUUGUUUUAAAUUUGUAGCUCACACACAAUUCCUUAUAAAGUCAACAUCAUGUCACGUUCUCUUGAAAACGCACCACUGAAAUAAAAGUUUCUUUGAAAUAAAGCCUAAUCCCACCACUGACAGCAGAUGGCAGUCAUGCACCACGAUUGGUUCUUUUAAGUUUUUUUUUUUUUUAGAUAUCAGUUGUUUUCCUGCUUGGAGGAACUGGACCACUGUUAAAAUAAGAAAGGAUGGAGUUACUGCUUUCUCACAGAAAGGACAAGAGUCAAGCUUCAACAGAGGGGAACGGAUGGCAUCUAGCUGCACAUUCAAAGCAACGGAUGGAUGCCAUCUGCUGCCUUUGUUUCCAUCUUCACGUCAACUGAACAGCAGAUCAUCUAAGCUCGUUGGAUCCUUCUUCUGAUUGUAUGCCAAUCUCUGCGCACGAGGAUGUGUAUUUGUGUGUGAGGCUUAAUCUAAAACAGGCCUCUGUCAUUAGUUCAGCUGAGACGCUGGCACAGAGGGAGCUCGUUAUUCAUACUGUAACGUUAUUUACUGUUGCUCUGUGAUCCUUCCAUCUCUCCCUUUCCUUGCUUUAUAUUUUUUCCCCUCCCCUCACCCCCAGAGUAAACACCUCUGUCCUCUCCUAAA